AUGCCUUACCUAAACCCCCCUGACGAGACCUACAAGGCCGAGGAAUACUUCUACGCCAACAAGGACAGGAUCUGCCGCCAUAUUGAACCCGAUAUCGAUUACGGUUUCUUCGAAGACCUUGAGAUCUUCGUCUCCAUCGAAGAUAACGAACCCUACCUCGUCAUCAUCCUAAAGAAGGAAUGUCACUACACUUGCGAGAACAUUGACGUGGAGGAUUUCCAUCAGCAGAUGGUCGAGUGUCUCGAGAGCUACCCAACCUUCCCGGAGAUGGACCGCGCCCACCUUAACCUGGCCGACAUGUUUCUUAUUACGAUCGUGAAGAGAAGCGAUGAGGACGACUCAGGAUUUGAGAAGAUUUGGUGGCCCGACGAAGCCGUCGAGGAAGAGGAUAGAUAUGGAGAGUAA